UACUUCAAGCUGUCAUUUACAAAUAAACUAUUUGAGCAGAAGUUUUAGUCUGUGGUAUAAAUAAUUGUCGCUGUAGAACGUCAGGGAUGAACCAUAAUUAUAGUUUUACAAUUGUCUUGAUAAUUUUAUUGGGUUUGCUUCUGUCACUUAAUAUUCUAAUUUUCAGCUUUGUUUUGGAGGAAAAUAAAUUCAGAAAUUCCGGAUAUUUUAUUAACGAUCUGAAAGAAUUCCCAUUCUUCUGUGAUGAUUUAUCAUUAAGUGCUGAUGAGGAUGAAGACACUUUUAAUGUGAAGAAAAAUCUGUACAGAUAUUUCUUGCACAAACGCAGAUACAUUUGUAGCUUUCGGAAUCUUACAGAACCAUUACAGAAGUUUGUUGAAAGGGAAUCAAGAUUAAGACUUGCUUCAGGGCUAGAAGGGGAAAGGUAUUUACAAUGUGGAAACGAGAGUCUGAGAGAACCUUCCGGCUAUUUGAGUGCUACUUUCAGAAAAGUCUCAUGGCACCAGACUUACGAAGGGGAGGGAUCAAACGUUGUUAUUCACUGGGACAAACAUAUGGAGGAGUCAUUCAUUUCCGAAGGGCUUGUGUACCGUAAAGGAGAAAUCAAAGUACCAGAAGGCCAAUUCUACUUUUUGUAUUCUUCUGUUUUAAUCAACUUAACCAACGUCAUGGUCCAUAUCGGAAAUGCAUACAGGUUUAUUCUCCAAGUUUGUGUUAACAGUCGUGGUUAUGAGCGCACUCUUUUGUAUAAAUCUCAAAGUUACAAACCAAGUGGAACCAAUUCGAUAUCAUCGGUGGCUGUUGCCGGAAAUGUUUACAUUGCAAGAGGCGAUGCUGUUUUCGUCAAAGUGUCCGAAGCAAGCCGAAUAAUAAUCAAUUCAGUUGGAAAUAUGUUCGGCAUUCUGCCACUCCGCUAACAGAAAGGAACUAACACACAGUUAAGUUACUACUUAUAAGGUUGAAAUUCAAACUCAAAAUAGUCAGAUUAGAUCUACUUGUUCCUGUAAUAUUCAAACAGUAUCUUAUCAGAAGAAUGAGACAACGGUAUAUGAACAAGACAGUUUGCAGUUUUACAUAACCUGUUCGAAAUAUGAUCUAUAUCACCUAUAUCAAUUAUUAGUAUAUUCUGUUAAGUUAUAUAAUUUUGUGGCCAAAACAGUUUGUGGUUUUGGUCAAAACGGAUAUUUCUGUGAGAUAUGAAUUCGUGGAUUUCAAAUUUUGAACAAAUAAAAGGAACUGGAAUAAUUAUUUUACUUGUUCAAUGAGAUAUAAUUCCGUGGCCGAGUGGUUAAGGUCGCUGACUUCAAAUCACUUGCCCCUCAUCGAUGUGGGUUCGAGCCGCACUCGGGGCGUUGAAUUCUUCAUGUGAGGAAGCCAUCCAGCUGGCUUAUGGAAGGUCGGUGGUUCUACCCAGGUACCCGCUCGUGAUGAAAUAAUGCACGGAGGGGCAUCUUGGGUCUUCCUCCACCAUUAAAACUGGAAAGUCGCCAUAUGACCUAUCAUGUGUCGGUGCGACGUUAAACCUAACAAAAAAAUCCAUGAAAUUUAAUCUCCCAUGAAAAUUCAAAAGUAUGCGUUUUUGUUUUGACACCAUAUUGCAGGCCCGAAACGAUUCGCAUAAUCAUAAAGACCUAGAAAUAUUUGUAUCACAAGAGACAGCAUGUGACGUUUCUAAUUCUUUGUAUUAUUUGGCUGAAUAUUUGUGGUAUGCCUACUUAGCAAUGUUUAGUUGCAUUAUCUUGCAUUUUUCUUUUCAAAACAAUAAGACCAGGGUACGUUUUUCAGUUCAGUGUCUAAAAACUGUAUUGCUCUUUGAAAAUUGAUCACAAAAGUUUUAGAAAUGUACAAUGAUUGAUUGCCAUUGAUCCUUUGAAUACCUGUGACAGUUUCGCAUUGUGUCUUAUUAAAACUGGCUACUGCUAUUAUACGAAUAUUAUAUUUUAGCAUUGACAAGUUUUGCGCUCUAUAAAAUAGACAAAGUGUUACAAAAUUGCGAAAUUACCUUUAAAAGGAAACACAAAUAUAAAAGAAUGAUUACUGACGUGUAUAGAAACUACUUAGUAGGCUUUUAUUAAGUUAAUUUUUCAGUAUGGUACUAUAUUUAGAACUGUUUUUUUUAAGAAUGUACUAAAUGAUAUGCUACAAAACCAUUUACCUGGAAAUACAAAGACUGCAUGUAUUAAUUACUACUUUCAGUAAUGCAUAUCGUCUUUCAUUAUUCCGUAUAUUUUAGUCUAAUACUGGUACUCUUUAUAUUUUUGUCUAAUACUGGUAAUCUGUAUAUUCUAGUCUAAUACUGAUAAUCUGUAUAUUCUAGUCUAAUACUGAUAAUCUGUAUAUUCUAGUCUAAUACUGGUAAUUUGUAUAUUGUAGUCUAAUACUGGUAAUCUGUAUAUUCUAGUCUAAUACUGAUAAUCUGUUUAUUCUAGUCUAAAACUGAUAAUCUGUAUAUUCUAGUCUAAUACUGGUAAUCUGUAUAUUCUAGUCUAAUACUGAUAAUCUGUUUAUUCUAGUCUAAUACUGGUAAUUUGUAUAGUUUAGUCUAAUAAUGGUAAUCUGUAUAUUCUGGUCUAAUACUGAUAAUCUGUAUAUUUUAGUCUAAUACUGGUAAUCUUGAUAAUGUUUUAAAUACUUUAGUUCGUGACUUGAGCGACAGAAUUUCAAUUCUAUGACAAUGUGCAUAACAAAAUAUGUUAUAGUGUAGGGAUUUUAAAAGGUUGUGUAUAUAAAUUUGGAUUCCCAUACAAUAGUGGCGUAUUAAUUUUUAAACUGUAAGGUAGACAGAUUCGUAGUUGGUGUGAAAUUUUAACUAAAAUGAUUUUUAAAUCAGAAGAUAGAAUAAAUAGAACAUUAGAUUACUGUCUUAUAAAGGACAUCGGACAUUAUGCUAGGGAUUUUGCCCUAAGUUCAAAGCUAUUUCUUGACUUCAAUAGCUGAUAGUUUUAUAUAAUGGCUUCAAAAACUGAUAAAUAAGUUAUAUUCCUAUCAAACUGUCACAAAAAAUAAUUUUAUUUCAUAUUUGUUUUCUUGAAAUUCUAACAGUUUGUAACUAAGUGUCAUAUUUUUUAAACAUUUAAAAUGUGUAUUUUUAGUUAAAAUAAGGAUUGGCAUUUAAGGUAUGUCUACUAUGAAAUAUUUUAACACAAAACAUAAACUUAUACCAUGCAUAUUAUCAGUUUUAUUGACA